AUGAAAGGUAAGGUCAUAUCCACCGGUUUAGAAUCAGAUGAUGACGACAAAAGUUCUGGAAAUGAAAAGAAAACUGCUGAUACAUCUCGCAAAAUUCACAAAAAAAUAUUGUCUGAUUCUGAAGAGGAAGCACCAAAAACCAAGGAAAGUGACGAUGAAGAUGAAGAAAGUGACAAAGAAACUGGUGAAAAACUGAUUGCUGAUAUUUUUGGAUCAAGUGAUGAAGAUGAAGAAUUUGAGGGUUUUGGUGAAGCUGAUGUGGAAGCUGCUCCAAAGAAGAAAGAGAAAAAACUUUCUGUAGAUGAUGAUGUGGAAAAUUCGGCUCCUGCUGAUGAUGGCGAAAUCCUACCCGAAAUGUCUGAUGAUGAAAAUGAUGAAAACAUUCGAGAUUCACAAAGAGAGGAUUUUGUGUCUGACUUUGAUGUUAUGUUAGAGCGAAAGAAGGCUGAACGACAGGCAAGCCGUAGGAAACGGAAAGAUGUUGAUAUCAUCAAUGACAAUGAUGACCUGAUCGCUGAUAUGGUACAGAAGAUGAAAAUAGCUGCUGAGGAGGACCGAGAUUUGAACACAAACAAGAAAGCCGCCACAAAGAAAUUAAAAUAUCUUCCAUUUGUUAGUUCUCAAUUAAAAAAAGCCGAUCUCCAUAUUGCCUUCCUGGACUGCGGUAUUCUCAGUGCCAUGACAGAAUGGUUAGCCCCACUACCAGACCGAAGCUUGCCUCAUCUAGCGAUCAGAGACUGUUUUUUAAAAAUUCUCAUUGAAUUCCCACCUAUCAGUACUGACAGCCUGAAAAGUAGUGGCAUUGGAAAAGCAAUUAUGUACCUGUACAAACAUCCAAAAGAAACCAAAGACAACAAAAUGAGGGCUGGAAGCAUGUUAACAAAAGAAGAACGAGAAGAAAGAGAUUAUCAGCAGUUGCCUAAAAGACAGAGAGUCAGUGAAGAAGGGGGAGAGACACCAAGGAGAGAUAUUGACAAGGCCAUGUCUCAAGAAGAAAAAGCUCUACGUCCUGGAGACAAAGGCUGGGUGUACAGAGCUCGUGUACCAAUGCCUUCAAAUAAAGAUUACGUUGUACGACCCAAAUGGAAUGUGGAUGAAAAUCCUCGGGGUUCAUCAAAGAAAGGCUUAUCAAGGUAUGAAAAACAGAUGCGAGCAUUCCAGGAGAAGAAACGGAGAUUGAGAGCCCAACGGGCUGUUCCCUCCUGUCGUGAGUCUCUGAUCACUUGGGAGGGGCAUCACUUUGUCAAAGUCAUUCACAAUGUUGGCCAGAUCACCAGCAAUAUUAAUUAUUAA